GAACGGGGAGGGAGCGGGGACGGAGCGGGGGCACCGCGCCCCCGGGCAUCGCCCCUGCCCCGCGGGGGAGGGAGCGGACGGACGGACAGACAGACAGACAGACGGAGCCGGCUCAGCUCGCUCCCCGCCGGGCAGGGAGCGGCCCAGCGGGAUGUGAAUCCAAAUGGAGCGGUCGGAAGGAGGCGAGCAGAGCCAGCAGCCGCAGCCCUGGGGGAAGCUGACCCGGCUGGGCGCUGAGGGGGCAGAGCCGCACGUCCUGCUGCUGAAAAGGGAAUGGACCAUCGGGAGGAAGAAAGGUUGUGACUUAUCUUUCCCCGGCAACAAGUUGGUGUCUGGAGAUCACUGUAAAAUCAUAGUGGAUGAAGAAUCUGGUCGAGUGUCAUUGGAAGAUACAAGUACUAAUGGAACAGUAAUUAAUAAACAGAAAGUGGUUAAGAAGCAGACAUACCCAUUACAGACUGGAGAUGUGAUCUAUGUUGUUUACAGAAAAAAUGAGCCAGAGAACAAUGUUGCUUAUCUUUAUGAAUCCUUAAACACAAAAGGUGAUGCAACUCAAGAACCAGUAGAAGUUAAUGUAGAAAACCAAUGCCAUGUGACCAAAGAUACCUCAAGUACAGGAAGAAGUAAUGAUGAGACCCCAAUUACCUCAUCACAGUCAUCUACUCAGUCUUGCUAUGAGGAACCACAGCCAUCUACUUCUACAUCUAACCUCUUUAAUGCUUCUUCUACCUCUCUUAUUGAGUCUGCAUCUGUUCAGCAGGAUAAUCCAUCUACAUCUGGCUCACAAUCCCCAGUUGUCACUCCUGUGCCUGCUUUCUCCAUCUCAGAAUCUGGGUGUGUAAGAGCACUGCACAACAAACACGAAAAGCUGGAUAUGAAUGUUGAAACUUCUGCAAUCCCUUCAGAAAUCACUGACAAAGAAGAAGCAGAAUUGGAUUCUCAAAGAACAAGGGAGGAGGAAGGUUUGGAACCUGCAAAGAAGAAACUAAAAGGAGAUGAAGACACUUGUCCAGAUCUUUCACCAGCACCUCCAAGUGAAUGUAUAAUUAAAAUUGGCUCUGAAGAUGCAAAAACAUCAAAUGUGAAACCAGAUAAGAUGGAAGAAACAUUAACUUGCAUUAUCUGCCAAGAACUGCUGCAUGACUGUGUAAGCUUGCAGCCCUGUAUGCAUACUUUUUGUGCUGCCUGCUACUCAGGGUGGAUGGAAAGAUCUUCCCUAUGUCCAACUUGUCGUUGUCCAGUAGAACGUAUUUGUAAAAAUCACAUAUUGAACAACUUGGUUGAAGCUUAUCUGAUUCAGCAUCCAGAUAAGUGUCGCAACGAGGACGAUGUUCGCAGCAUGGACGCGAGAAACAAAAUCACUCAAGACAUGUUGCAGCCCAAGGUGCGCAGGUCUUUUUCAGACGAGGAGGGAAGUUCUGAAGACUUAUUGGAGUUGUCAGAUGUAGACAGCGAAUCUUCAGAUAUCAGUCAACCAUAUAUAGUGUGCAGACAGUGCCCAGGGUAUCGAAGACACUCUGUUCCAACUGUGCCUGGCACAGGCCAGGAGACAGAGGCAGGAGGAAUGCAGGCACUGGGGGAUGCACCAUCAACAUCUGCCAACUUCCCUGCAGCUGUCCAGGAAUAUGUGUGUCCUGCUCAAGGAAGUCAUGUAAUAUGCACCUGCUGCUUCCAGCCCAUGCCUGACCGCAGAGCAGAGCGGGAGCAGAAUCCUCAUGUUGCUCCUCAGCAAUGUACAGUUUGUCUGCAACCCUUCUGUCACUUGUACUGGGGCUGCACUCGGAUGGCAUGUUUUGGCUGUUUGGCACCAUUCUGUGAAAUAAAUCUUGGUGAUAAGUGUUUAGAUGGAGUCCUAAAUAACAACCACUACGAGUCAGAUAUCCUAAAGGAUUACCUGGCAUCCAGGGGUCUGACAUGGAAAAACAUGUUAAAUGAAAGCCUCUUAGCUCUUCAAAGAGGAGUUUUUAUGUUGUCAGAUUACAGAAUUACUGGGAACACAGUGCUUUGCUACUGUUGUGGCCUUCGCAGCUUCCGAGAACUCGCCUACCAGUACAGGCAGAAUAUUCCUGCUGCUGAACUGCCAGUGACUGUCACGUCCCGUCCCGACUGCUACUGGGGGCGCAACUGCCGAACUCAGGUCAAAGCACAUCAUGCCAUGAAAUUCAAUCACAUUUGUGAGCAAACACGAUUCAAGAACUGAAUACCUGUAGUCUGUAGAGGGUGGACAAAACCCUCUUACACUGCUUGUACAGUUUAAGGUUUCAGGGGAUCUUCUCAGUUCCCCCAUAGCAGGGAAUCAAUGAUUUUUGCAUCAGGUAGUCUGAUGUGAAAUUUUUAAUUUGUAGAAUUUUACAGCUGUACAUGAAUAAGGUAGAUUUUUUUUUUUUUCCCAAGAUAGUCCAGCAGGCAUUGCAUUCCAUCCUCAUGACUACAGUGUCCCUGUGUCACUUCAGUGAAGAACACGAACAGAAAUCACCCACACAAAACCCAGCCAUAUCUUGGGAUGACCUAAGAAUAAGGAGUGUAUUUGCACUACUUGUGGAGAAACUAAGGAAAAUCGUUAGACUUAAAAUAGAGAAGUUUUGUAAAAGUAUCUGAUGGGUAUUUCAAGAGCCAUUAAUAUUUAAGAAGGAAAUUGUCAGUGGAUAUUUGUAACUGCAUUUUGUGGUAGUCUGAUCUUUCGUUGCUGCCCAUUGCAUUUGGGCUGGAAACCACAUGAAUGCUCAUUCAAAAAAAUCCAUCCAUUAAACAGCUGUUUCAACUUAAAGCUCCUACCAUAUGUGCAGUGUUACAGUGGAAGUAGGACAGUUUCUUUUCUUAGUUUAGACAUGUUGAUGUUUUUAUUCACAUGAAAUUACAAAAAGAAUUGCACAAAAGUUUGAAAAUCACGUUUAAAGUUGGGGUAAUACUUGAAGCAGAACAGACUUCUGCUACUAUUACUUCUGUAUUGUUUUAUAUCAGAAGACCAAACAGUGCUUUUGACAUAGAGCAGCCAGUAGGACACACUGGUUCCUUUUUUUGUAUUUCUUUUUUGUUUUGAUACCGUGUGCUAAAUAUGUACCUCUGCAAUGCAGCUGUUCUCUAGCAUGCAUACACUGGUGAAAAUGUAGAAAAAGCUAUAAUUUAAAACAGAAUAUAGCAGCUUUACUGGAAGGAACAAUCUUACACAAAAUAAGUCAGUUUGGACAAAUUGUAGCAAUAUGGAGGCAUUUCUGGAUAGGGGUAGAGAUAGGGAUGAUGAAGGGGAACACUGGUGUCACUGACAUAAUAAAUGUAGAUAUUUUUUUUUCAUGCCUUCUGCAGAGCUCAUUCAGGAGAUGUCCCAAGUGUCAUUAAAAAUAAGAAAAAUCCCCCUCCUCCCCCUCCCCCCAAAUUGAUAUGAUCUAAUCUGGUUCAUCAUAAUCUGAUUUAUAAUGUUGACAAGCCUCAACUGGGACCAAUUUUUCCUUUUACAUCACACCUAGAAGAGUGAAGCAGAAUGAGAAGAAAGCAUACAAAGUUACCUCUGUAGAUACCAUGUUGUUUUUGAGUAUGCCUUAUUUUAUGAGCAGGAUUUAUACUUGGGUGUUAAAAAGUGCACACACGAUAUCUUGUGAUAUAACGGAGCACAAAUGAUGCAGCACAUCGUGUCUGCUGGUUGCAAUGAAUUAAACAACUAUUUCCAGCAAUGCACAUGUUAAUAUGAAUGCUAAUUAGAAUUAUGUCUUUCUGUUCAGAUUUUUAUUUUUUAAAAUAGCUGUUGCAAGGCUGGGUCUGUUGACCAUGCCUGUAUGCUAAUAAAAUACACUUUGGCGUGGA